AUGCUCCUGCUGGGCAUCUUAAUGCUGCUUCUCGCCGGGGCACCCGCCGGCGGCUCAGAGCCAGAGCGGGAGGUAGUGGUCCCCAUCCGACUAGACCCGGACAUCAACGGCCGCCACUACUACUGGCAGGGUCCCGAGGACUCCAGGGAUCAGGGACUCAUUUUUCAGAUCACAGCGUUUCAGGAGGACUUUUACCUACACCUGACGCCAGAUGCUCAGUUCUUGGCACCCGCCUUCGCCACUGAGCACCUGGGCGUCCCCCUCCAGGGACUCAUCCGCAGCUCUCCGGACUUGAGACGUUGCUUCUAUUCUGGGGACGUGAAUGCCGAGCCAGACUCGUUCGCCGCCCUGAGCCUGUGCGGGGGGCUACGCGGAGCCUUCGGCUACCGGGGUGCCGAGUAUGUCAUUAGCCCGCUGCCCAACACCAGCGCGCCGGCGGCGCAGCGCAACAGCCAGGGCGCACACCUCCUCCAGCGCCGGGGCGUCCCCGGCGGGCCUCCCGGAGAUCCCACGUCUCGCUGCGGGGUGGGCUCAGGCUGGAACCCCGCCAUCCUCCGGGCCCUGGACCCUUACACGCCUCGGCGGAUCGGCUUAGGGGAGGCUCGCAGCCGACGCAGGUCCGGGCGCGCCAAGCGCUUCGUGUCUAUCCCGCGAUACGUGGAGACGCUGGUGGUGGCGGACGAGUCGAUGGUCAAGUUCCACGGCGCAGACCUGGAGCACUAUCUGCUGACGCUGCUGGCCACGGCGGCGCGGCUCUACCGCCACCCCAGCAUCCUCAACCCCAUCAACAUCGUCGUGGUCAAGGUGCUGCUUCUCGGAGACCGCGACACGGGGCCCAAGGUCACGGGCAAUGCGGCCUUGACGCUGCGCAACUUCUGUGCGUGGCAGAAGAAACUGAACAAAGUGAGUGACAAGCACCCGGAGUACUGGGACACGGCCAUCCUCUUCACCCGGCAGGACCUGUGUGGGGCCACCACCUGUGACACCCUGGGCAUGGCCGACGUGGGCACCAUGUGCGACCCCAAGAGGAGCUGCUCCGUGAUCGAGGACGAUGGGCUGCCCUCGGCCUUCACCACCGCCCACGAGCUGGGCCACGUGUUCAACAUGCCCCACGACAAUGUGAAGGUGUGCGAGGAGGUGUUCGGGAAGCUCCGGGGCAACCAUAUGAUGUCCCCAACACUCAUCCGAAUUGACCGUGCCAACCCCUGGUCGGCCUGCAGCGCGGCCAUCGUCACCGACUUCCUGGACAGUGGGCACGGAGACUGCCUCCUGGACCAGCCCAGCAAGCCCGUCUCCCUGCCUGAGGACCUGCCGGGGGCCAGCUACCCGCUGAGCCAGCAGUGUGAGCUGGCCUUCGGUGUGGGCUCCAAGCCCUGCCCGUACAUGCAGUCCUGCACCAAGCUGUGGUGCACGGGCAAGGCCAAGGGCCAGAUGGUGUGCCAGACGCGCCACUUCCCCUGGGCAGACGGCACGGGCUGCGGCGAGGGCCGGUUCUGCCUCAAGGGGGCCUGCGUGGAGAGACACAACCUCAACAAGUACCGGGUGGACGGCUCCUGGGCCAAGUGGGAGCCCUACGGCCCCUGCUCGCGCACCUGUGGAGGGGGCGUGCAGCUGGCCCGGAGGCAGUGCAGCAACCCCACCCCUGCCAGUGGCGGCAAGUACUGUGAAGGGGUGAGGGUGAAGUACCGCUCUUGCAACCUGGAGUCCUGCCCCAGCUCAGCCUCUGGCAAGAGUUUCCGGGAGGAGCAGUGUGAGGCCUUCAACGGCUACAACCACAGCACCAACCGGCUCACCCUGGCCGUGGCCUGGGUGCCCAAGUACUCAGGUGUCUCCCCACGGGACAAGUGCAAGCUCAUCUGCCGAGCCAACGGCACCGGCUACUUCUACGUGCUGGCUCCCAAGGUGGUGGACGGCACACCUUGUACCCCAGACUCCACCUCAGUCUGCGUCCAGGGCAAGUGCAUCAAGGCAGGCUGCGAUGGGAACCUGGGCUCCAAAAAGAAGUUCGACAAGUGUGGGGUAUGUGGAGGAGACAAUAAGAGCUGCAAGAAGGUGUCAGGACUCUUCACCAAGCCCAUGCAUGGCUACAAUUUCGUGGUGGCCAUCCCAGCGGGUGCCUCCAGCAUCGACAUCCGCCAGCGCGGCUACAAGGGGCUGAUCGGAGACGACAACUAUCUGGCCUUGAAGAACAGUCAAGGCAAAUACCUGCUCAAUGGGCACUUUGUGGUGUCGGCCGUGGAGCGGGACCUGGUGGUGAAGGGCAGCUUGCUGCGCUACAGUGGCACGGGGACCGCGGUGGAGAGCCUGCAGGCCUCGCGGCCCAUCCUGGAGCCCCUGACGGUGGAGGUGCUCUCUGUGGGCAAGAUGACGCCGCCGCGGGUCCGCUACUCCUUCUACCUGCCCAAGGAGCCCCGGGCGCCCUCCGUACACCACAACAGCGUCCUCAGCCUCUCCAACCAGGUGGAGCAGCCGGACGCCCAGGCCCCCGCGCGCUGGGUGGCGGGCAGCUGGGGGCCGUGCUCGGCCAGCUGCGGGGGCGGCCUGCAGCGGCGGCCAGUGGACUGUCGCGGGUCCCCAGGGCAGCGCGGGGCAUCCUCUUGUGAUGCUGCACACCGCCCAGUGGAGACGCGCAGCUGCGGGGAGCCCUGUCCAACUUGGGAGCUGGGCGCCUGGUCGCCCUGCUCCAAGAGCUGUGGCCGGGGGUUCAAGAGGCGUCCACUCAAGUGCAUGGGCCACGGAGGGCGGCUGCUGGCGCGCGACCAGUGCGACCUGCGCCGGAAGCCCCAGGAGCUGGACUUUUGCAUCCUGAGGCCGUGCUGAGCCGGCGGCCUUCCUGCCCACUGUCAGGCCCAUCAUGCUGCCGCCUCCCUGCUAGCUGCCCACACAAGGCAGCGGCCCAGGGCCCAGGCCAUGAGGUCACCCACAUCCAGGGACAAGGACCUGGGCAGGGAAGCGAAGUCACGAAGGCACAGUCUACCUCACGCCCGGCUCCUCCGGGGCCAGCCUCACGGCGAAGCUCAGAGGGGUGCAGAGCUGGGCAGGAGGCGCAGGCCCAGCCUCCCAGGGACAGGAGGAUGGACAGGCGCCUCCCAGCAGAACUUCAGGGACCAUGCUCCCUACAGGGAGGUCGCAGGCUGCUGGAAGAGCCACGGCCCGGCAGCGUGGCACCCUCAGGGGGCCCCAGGGCUCUGAGCCAUCUCUGAACAAGGCAGGUCUUUUUGGUGCUUUCAGCCACUCUCUUUCCUGCCCGACCUGGACUGAACAGUGAAAACUGGCUGGAGGGUGGGCAAAGCUGAGGGGCGGGGGCAGGGCAGGUGUAACUGGAGCCUGGGCCACUCCAUGUGGAAUGAGGUGUGUGCAGGGGCGGGGAGCGGCCUGGGUGCAUCUUCCUUCCUCUCUCAGCUGUCCGUCCGAGGGCUCCCUCUCCUCCCAGUGUUGUCUGGCCACCACACUAGUGGGAGGGCUUGUGUGCCGGUGUCCUCUGAGGCUUUGCAGGUGGAGGCAGGUGGUCAGCAUGGAGACUGUCGUCUUCUUCACAAGGGAUCCGACCAUCCUAAAGAGAUGCUGAAACUUUCGAGGGGUGACAGGUUCUGUUGCUGAAGCAGUGACUUUGAAGGGUGAUCUGGGAGGUCUGCUGUCUUGGGGGCUAAGCUUUGAAGGCAUGUCACCCUAGGGAGGGAGGAGAAGGCCCCAGUUCUGAUGACUUCUUCCUCCAGGGAGGCAGGUAUAAAUAACGCUGUUAUCUUAAACCAGCAUUGCCAUGGUGCUGACCCCACUGGGGGGGACGUGGGACACGCCCAGAAGGGCCAGGUGUCGAACAUCCAGGAGGACAUCGUCUGAAGAGCCGCAAGUGGUCUGACCUGGGAACCGUCCCACUGCAUCGCAGGCCACAGUUUCUGCAGUUGGAUAAUGGGGUUCACUGUUUGCUACCUCAGGUCUGCUCUCUGAGUACACACCCUUCCCUUCCCAGGGCAGUGGUGACCCUGGUGCUUCCAGCAGCCCCGGCUGUCAUCCUCCAUAGACUGAGCUGCCCAGAUGCAGAGAUGAACUAGGGUGCCUGCUUCCUGCCUCCCACAGCCUGGCCAUCCCCCAGGCCCCCAAAUGCGACAGGGUCUCUCUCUUCAGGUGCCUUGGGGACAGGUUUCAGGAGGCAGCAACAAUCAGUUAGCUGACCCAGGGGCCCUUGGUGCUGCUGGAGACUUGUCUGUCUCAGAGAUACGGUAGGGGAAUGGAAACCAGGAUAUUUCCUACAGCUCUGAGUGGGAAGAUGCUUUGGGCUUAGAGCUUCUUUGGCUGAGCAGGGUAUUUCUUGAGGGUGUGGCUGCGCUAGCACGGACACCAGAGAUUCUGGUUCUGAGUGCAGGUGGCGAGUCCUGGACCCCAGUGAGGUGACAGGCAGUCAGCACUUUUAUCGGGUUUCCCUGCAAGUCAGAGUCUGCAGACCAGCGGGCCAGCCGGUGAGCCUGGGACGGUGUUCUAACCCUGGUCUAACCCUGGCUGAGCCCUUGAACAAGCUCCUACUGGGGGCAGAGGGCAGGCGGGUGUCUUAGGCUGGGCUGCUCUCACCCUUGAAGAAGGCAGAGAGGAUGAACCCCCUUCCCGCCUGAGUGAACGCUGAGGGGCUGCAGGGCAGAGGUGGACCCCCACUAGCUGACGAUAGCACCGUGCCCCGCGCUCAGUGCACCCCUCCCUGGUGAGGAGAGCCGAGGUGGUGCGGGGGCGUGCAGAAAGGUGGGUGGGAAGGGAGAGGCCGUCUGUGGGGGCGUCUGGCCCCUAGCAGAGCGGCUUGAGGAAUCAUUUUAAGGAGGGAUAACCAGUCUUUUUCCUGACACAAGCUGGGUCUCAAAGCUCUUUUCUGUUGUGAUGUUUUUCUUUUACCUUUUUUUUCCCCCCUUUGAAAAGAAGCAUGAGCGAGACAAGUUGGGAGGUUAUGUCUUUUCUGGGACCAUAUCACUAAUCCAACCAUGCUCUCCAAGAACAUACUCUUCUCUAUGAGCAGAGAAAAGCCUCAAGGCACAGGUUUCUGGUGACCGAGCAAAAAGUUACGGUGAUCUCUUGUGUCUGUGGAAGAAGAGGAACGUGCUGGGGGCUGCAAUUGUGUGGGGCAUGCACCAGUAAGGAUCUGCCCGUCACGUGCACUGACUGGAGGAGCCCAUCCUCGCGGGUCUUGCCAUGUUGGGGCAGGGGUGGGGAGCUGAGGACAAGUGGAAGGUCCUGAAUGUCCUCGGCCUGGGUGCUGGCUCUCAAAGGCGCUAGACACUGUCACUGACAGAGCCCCUCAUGUGUUUGGUUCUUUUGCAUUCCGGGUGCUGUAGGAUGGAAGGACCUGGGUGCUGGCGGGGCUGUGUAUACUGUGUAUACGUGGGAGCUGGCUGCUGCGGGGACGACGGCCUGCUCCCAAUAAAGUUGUAUUUAAGACCCA